ACAAACACUAAACGCAGUCAACCCGACCGGUAGUUUGCUCGGUUGCGUUGUGAUGCCUGUCUGGUCGUUCGCCAAGAAGUCGGUAAAGAUAUUUCUCAAUUUUGCUUUCGGACAAUUCUUUUCCCAACCACUUUGCGAUUCGCAAAUUUUCAUAAGUCCUAGCGGUUUUGGCUGUAAGGAUCUGUACUUUAACACUGAGAAAAUAAAUGCUCUGUUUGUCGAACGCAAAAUCCCUAUUGUUGUUUGCGUGGCCUAUGUUUCCGAACUCCUGCUUUCUUUACCCUCGUGCGUGAUUAUAAACGGCAUCGACCUUGUACUUCAGACUGCAUCCAAUGACUAUCACUCAACCAAAGACAGUAAAUUGUUCAGCUCCAUGUUUUCGAGCGUGACGGCUGCUGCCUUUGCAGCAGCAAAAGUUGCUGAUUGUUCUGCGGAUUGGUUGACACUACAUGAUGAGGAAAGCGAAGACGAACUUAUAUCCUCUGAUGAAGGUGAUCGUGCUGAAAAGGUGGAAUCAGGUUGGCUCUUCUCCCGUAUCCAAAAGCUAUUUGAGCGUUUGACGAAGACUGCAGAGAAAGUGGAUCUAGAGCCCUCCGCUGAGGGUUCGUUUUUGGAUCGUAAAAGCAAGCAACGAGUGGCUUAUAUGAUCGACUCUGUAAUCGCUCAAACUACUGUCGUGUUGCGAAAGGUUAAUAUACGAAUCGAGUGUCAACUUGGCCUUCCCGGAUUAAAUCGGGCUUCCGGGCUAGCGCUGAGCUUUGAAGUUCUGAGUAUUACAAACCAGUAUGGUAAAACAUCAGAUGAUCAGAAUCAGAAGCAAGAGCACCUCCGAACUGGACGGAGUACAAGCAAUGAUGGUUGGUUUUGGCUUUGGCGCUGGGGAACCUCGGAUAAAUCAGCUCCAUUUUCUCAGGGCGAAACUGCACCUGCGGUGCCGGUCGGCAGCUUGUCUACUACUUUGCACAAGACCGUCCGCCUCGAGGGCGCCGAUUUGUUUUGGGACUUGUGGAACACGACAGAACAAGUUAAUCACCAAGAGAGCAUUCACGAAGAGCAACCAAACAGCGGUCCCAAUGAUUUCCGAGAUGAAUCACACUACGUAGGAUGCACUGAAGCGGUCAGCAAGUCCAUCACUGUCUGUCCAACUGAAGAUAACAUGAUUGCAUCAGCCAGGCUUCUGAGCCUCACUGGUGUCCAUACAGCUCAUUUGAGCAUUCGCUGUCCAGUGUUUUCCUGCUUGCAAUCCAAAUCCGGUGGACAAAGCCUUGGUUCUCCUGGGGACGCGAUGGAGUUCAAUCCAUGGUCGGUGUUUGAGCUCCGUGUUCACCUAGACCUCGGCCCGAUCGUUGCUUGCAUGUGUCCAAGCCAGUUUUACUGGCUGCGUUUAUUGUUUGGUCAGAUGUCAUAUAUUUGGCAGGCUUACGCUGCUAGAGGGCGUACAGUACAACGGUUAAAUGACUCAGCUCGCAAAUCGCCUCAGGUCAGUCAACUGGAACGUUCUUUGGAACCGUCAGUGGACCGAUUUUCCGUUUUGAACCGACACGUUUCAACUGGCCACAUGGAGGAGAAUCUGGUGGACCUGGACCUUUCGAACCCAAAUGAAAGUCUUUCUUCUACUCCGCAUCCAUUGGUUGAUAGCAAACUUUUCUGGUCAUGCGUCACUAACGCUUCGGAGCCGGCACUGUCAGAUUCAACUAUUCAACAAAUCGGAAUACCAAGUUCGUCUCGCUCAGGCGGCUCUAGUGAACCCAGAUUCUCCCUUAGCGCAAAUGUGCUAUGCGUUUCACUAAUUGCCUUCUAUGAGGAUGAUUCUGUUUCUUUGGCUGAUCCAUCCAUUCCUUGUCACGUUGAUUCGGAUCUGUGCAAGUCUGUGGGGCCCGCCUCCCGCCUUUCCCAUCUUGGACAUCUUUCUUCUCGAACAAAGCUUAAGCCUUCUAGUUCGAGUGAAGGUGACAUAACUUCAGGCGAUGAAACUUUCUGUGAACCACCUGAUCUAGGUCCCACUCUGAACGAAUUUGCUGGUGAUCAUUCUGAAGCACCCUCCGAACCUUCUCUUCCAAACUUACGAUCACUUGCAGUUCUUCCUGGCCCAUUCUUAUUUUUCUCUCGUUUUGCUGGUCUACUUCCUUGGCGACAGCCUUCUCCAUCUCCUGAGCCAGAUGUAGUUCCUGUGCAUUGUGGUAAGCCGCAACACACUAUGACGGCUGCUUUAGGACAUGACGAUAAUGCGACUGCCAUUCCAAUGCGCAUCGAUCGAACUGCUGUGGACACUGGGCAAAUGAGUCCCGCUUGUUGGGCGGCUCAUCUUCGUCGGCAGUUUGCUGAGUUAGCUUCUCCUCGAGAUCAUAUUUGUUUUGUUGGGGGCUUGUGGCAUUUUGAUAUAUGCCUCCGGUCGUCUUCUGUUCACUCGAAUCGAGACAAUCAGCUCCAAGACUCAAGCUUCAGCGCUCAACUGUUUGCAAUCGAACUGUCAGAGUGCCUCUUCCAAGACCCUUCUAUCAUGGAAUCAGGAGAUGCGCGCCUUAUCGGACUUCUCACAUUUCCCGAUCGACAACGAAUAUUGGGAGAUUCGGCGGCUCGUGAUAUAUCGGAUAAUCCCGCUGCCACAUUUAACGGUUUUUUGUCUGUUCCGGCCUCCUCGCUUUCACUAUCCGACUCUCUUAAUCUGAACUUGGCACAUUGCCACAUCGAUGUGGAUAUUAGUUUAUCUGAUCGGAUACAUCGGAUUGCUGAUGGCUUGACAGCUGCUUCUGAAGCGUUGGUCAAAUUUUUUCCACCCAACUCCCCUGAUCUCGGUGCAUGUCCUUGGUGGCAUACGAUCGGUUUACGCUCCAACCGUUCGCAUGUAUCGCCUCCGAAUACAACGCGGCACUCCCAGCGUGACUCUCACGAUUCCUGCUUUCGAUCUCAACUGCCCUUCCUGAUCGUUGAUUCUUCGACCGCUUACUGCCUUGAAGGCGACACCAUCAACCCACGAUCCACAGAUAUUAGCAGUCGCUUAAGUUGCAACGUUUCCUGUGUUAGCUUCGAAAUUCUACUGCGUUUUCCAAUUCCACUAGAAGCAGUGAGUCUUGAUGCCUCUCAUAAGUUGUCUGAUUUACAUACGAAAUUAUGGCGAAUGGGUGUUCCAGUGCGUCGCGACGAAUCUGCUACAACCCCCUCGGAUACUGCUAACCACCCGGACCACACUCCGAUCUUGGCUUGGUGGCGUAGGAGCUUACGUCCUGAGCACCUACGAUUCCUCAUCUCAAAGGUAACGCUAACGUGCCACGUUCCAUUUCUAUCGAAAAUCUCAACUUGUGAAUCUGAGCGCAUCGUAAAGAACCAACCGAUUUCGGGCCGCAAUAGUACUCCGGCCACGAAAUUCAAGGGGACCAAGACUAGCGUACAGGCUGAGGUGCAACUCACUCUUCGACUCCUAUCAAUACAUCUGGUGAGCGCGCUUUCGACACUCCAAACAGCACCGUUCCUUCAGAUUACUUCGAAUCCUAACAGUGGCGAUUUGAUCAAAGUUACAAUCCUGCUAGCACCUUUUGGUCGUCAAGCGCUUGUAGAAGAUGGAGCUGCUGAUUUUCGCUUUGACAUGGAGGCGACUGAGCCCGUGCACACUUUCUCUCAUCAACGCUUUGAAAUGGGUGUUGAUCUUGCAACUAUGGCGUCUCCUUUAUCCCUUUCUGGCCCUUCCUUCAGUGGCAAGUCAGAGUGGACUCCCAACCGACCAGUUGAAUGGUCUCUAUGGAGCCAUACUGGACCCAAACAAAAUCCGCGCACUCCGUUUGUAAUCCGGCGCAAUUUUUUGCAAGAUGCUCCGAAUACACAUUCGAAGCAGCUGACUUACUACCCCGGCGAUGCCGGCCACUUAGCAUUUUUUCGGCAAACGGCUGGGGCACACGCACGAUUCUCCGUACAUUGCAAGUCAUCCAUUGCCGUAGUCCACAUUGAGCAUAAACAGACGAUGGAAGUACUGAGACUUAGGCUCUUUUAUGACCUUUUUCUAUGGACUUCCUUGCUUCCUAACGAUCGGCGUCUUCGGGCUACGCUGACCCGCCAUCGUUCAGCGGCCAACUCAGGUGCCACUGCUCUCCGGUCAGACCAUCGUUAUUGGUUCCUCAGCGAUCCAGCCCCUUUAGCUUCAAUCUAUGCUCACCCGGACGCUGCACGUGAAGCAGCCGCUUUGGAGCUGACCAGCUUGGGUACGAACACUCGCCAUCCUAGUGGUUUACAUUUUCAUCCGUUUUACAGUGAGGACGAGGAGGAAACUGACGACGACAAGGCCAGUGUGUUCGAUGCAGGCUUGGAUUCUUUUCAGUCACGUCGUCUGAACCCAAGAAUUCGACGAUGGAGUCCUCAUUCGCGUUCUGGCUCCGACGCUGAUGAUGAUGUCGACCCGAAAGCAACCACAGCCGUGCAGAAACAAUCAUUUUUGUCUCUUCAGGUUGAUAUUGAUACAGUUGAGUUUCGUAUAACGUUGCCUGCAUUACCGUCGGACGAUUCGACCACAGAGCUAGUCCAACUCGAUGCAUCCGGCGUCACCUUGUUUUUGGAAUCGGCUCAUAAUGGAUGUCCAGAAUUGAAUCAUUUCACCAUGGAAUGCAAUAGGAUUGAAACAUUUUUUACGGCUCAUCAGUCUACUGCACAUUUUAAUGCGGCGAGCGAUGGAGUCGAUGCUGGUCAUUCAACUUGGUGGCCGGGUUUAGUGUACUUUUCGUGGCAAUCUGCGGGGUAUCCUGUUUCGCAGUCGUGCUCCAGCGAGGCCGAUUCUGGCCUCUGCACUCUCAAUGGGCCAAUGUUCACUAUGGCUGUUGAGCACCGACAACUGGUACAGACAUCAGUGCCCAGAGACGAAUUCCACUGCGCUUUCAGGCUUCAAGACGCUUGUUUAGUGCAUUGGCCGCAUUUGGAAGGUCGUUCAAGACCGGACGAUGCUCUCCCCGUUUGGUUGCGUGGGCUUUUGCAAAUUUUUCAAACCCCUUCUGCUCCCCUUUUGAAUCAACUGUUGCCCGGAUACCAACCACCUGAGACGCUGCUCGUUCAGCACUUUCAUCUGGAGCGCGUGGCCUUGACCUGGUCAGCUCAGUAUGCUGAUCCUCCUUCUACGCUGAACCAUUCCGCUUUCCACGUUGAAUCAGUCCGUGCAUUUUUGGGCUGUGAAUCCAUCGGUGUGACAGUCAAUACGGCAUCUGAGACCAGUCCAAUAAACGAGCCCCAUGCUACCGGCUCCUCUGGUCCGGGGACAUUGAUCAUGACUUUUUUAGACAACGCUACUCUUUUCUUGUGCCCGAACUACCGCAAGAGCAUUGGAACACCCGAACCCAAGACUACUGCGUCACCUUCGUCACGUUUUCUCAAAUGGAUUGGCUCCUUGCGCCUGGCUGAUUGUGUCUGUGUCGCUGAUCUGGACCACUUGGAAGUACGCUGUUUCUCCUAUCCGACGCGGGUCUCGCAACGGAUCAACUCCAAAGUGCCACAGUCGUUCAUUAACCGCAUUGAUAUCCGUGCUACUGAUAACCUACUCCGGUUGAAUACUUGUGCUGACAGUCUGGUCGCCUUGCAGAGCCUCGUAGAGGCUCUUACAAAAGUUCCUAUCUAUGAGAAUGCAAGCACAACUCCACUGGAUUCUAAUCUCUACAACGAACAAACUAACGCUCCUUAUAUGCACUCACCCAAAGCGGAUUUCCUGAAAACAGUUGGAUUUACAGACCAGUCACGGACGCCCAUUCCCUGUCCCACGAAGGUCAGUCAUCAGCUCUCAUCAGAUAAUCACUCGGUACAUGACCAUGCAAGCAGUCUUGAUAAUCUCCUGCAAGGGGCGAUUUCCGACUCCGACUACAAAACUUCCGCAGUUUCGCCCGUUGCUUCGUUACUCGAACCUUCAUCCGAUAUAUGUUCGUCAGGACUUCAUCUAGACAGAUCAACCGUUUUCGAAAAGAACAGAUCACCGGAACCUCGUCCUUGCCUAACACCCCAUUCCGACAGAAGACUCAGAGGAUCCGCCUCGACCAACAUAUUAUCGGGACGGCUUACGACAGUUUCGCGCACGAAUACCUUUCUAUCACCUCCGGAUGUGCGUUGUCAUGAUACCAAACCCAACCAUUACGAUCAAUUGUCCUCUCCGUCUUCUCUCUCAAGGGACUUUGUCGUCAUAAAAUCGUCAAUGCUGCCUUCGAACCUACUCUGUCCUGUCGGUUCGAAAGUUGAAUUUAAGUGGCUUGUACCUUCUUGCAUGGGUGAAGCUGAGACAUUCGAAUUGCGUGAGAACCAGUAUCCUUCUCCUUGUGAGUCAGCCUUGGCUGGGUCGAGAAAUCGGAUGCGCCGUUUGUUCACUGAUCCAACUUCUGUAUAUCCUCCCGCCAUCCUGGCUUUGACGCUCUACAACUGCUGCUUGGAAUGGAAUUUGUUUGGUGGGACAGACAUUGCUUCUUUCACCAACCAAAAUCCACGGGUUAGUUCACGUACUGUCCCGGCUAAAAGCUCAGAACACACUACCGGACGUCCCUGUUUGUCAUCAGAGCAGCGCAACUCUGAUCUAGCUGUCGAUCCAGCACAUGUUUCAACAGCUCGUUCUGUUGCAAACACUAACGAUGCAGUGAAGAAAACUUACCGUUUCCGUCACGAUCGGUCUGCCAUGGGAACGGCUUCAUCACAACGCUUAACUUUUUCAGGAAGCACGGGUGCUAGUGAACUCCAGCACCAGACUGAGAGUAAAGACGCUUCUUGUUCCAGCAUGCGUGGUCUACAUAACAGAGGAGGGCAGUUUCGUGAUACACAAAAGCAUAUUUCAGUCCGUCUGAGCAAUGUGUACUUCCGCCACGCUACAUUCCCAACCAACGUGGUGGACAUGGACUCUCAUGCAGACAUUGCUGCUCGACACUGUUCCGUUGGAGAACCAGCCAUUCGGUGCAUUUUCAACAUUGGUUCCGUCUUGGUUCUCGAUCGAGUUGCGACCUCAAAUAUUAACCAGUUAUUAUACUCCUAUAAUAAAUCUUCCACCGACUCAUCAGUCGCACAUAAUGGCACCCCAAUUUUCCGGAUGUCGAUAAUGUCUUGGCGUGUACCUGUCCCGCAGAGCUCUAUAUCAGCUUCACCAUGCAAAGGUGGUGCGGAAAACGAGGAGACAGAUAUCAUCACAAUUACUGGACCACAUCGUAAGAGUGUGCCGUUGUGCCCCGCCAUGUCGCCGUCGAGUUUGGAGUUGGAAGCGAAAAUCUCGUGCCAGCCAUUGCGUAUCAACUUGGAUCAGAACACUCUCCUAUUCUUGGAAGAAUUUCAAACGCUCUUAAGCAGUUGUGCUUCUGGUGCUGAGUUCGCAGACAACUCCACAACAGCUUGCUCAUCUACACCUCCAAGCACUUCAACCAGUUCAUCUCCACGUAGAGACUCAGACAAUAAACUGACACGCACUUCGGACUCUGCAGACGAAGCGACCCGGAAAUGCAUUCCCAGGAUUACUGCUAGAACUCCCUCCAAUCUACCUACCACCUCCCUGACAACCACCAGAUCGAUAGCACCCCUGGCGCUACAGCCUGUGGAGUACCAAAGGCCUCCAAAUAUUUUCAUCCGAAAAGUCACUUUCUAUCCGGACCUGCCCAUCCGACUGGAUUACCAUGGUCGUAAUCUUGAAUGGAAUUCGGGUUCUAUGCACGGCUUCCUUCGCACUCUCUUACAAUUGCACAAUGCUGAGCUAGUCAUUCCGCGGAGGGUUUAUCAAAGGGGAUAUCCCAGUUUGGAACGUCUACUAGAAGAAGUUUCGGCCGAUAUUCGAGAUAUCCUCGUUUCACAGCUGCCUCAGAUGCUGGCAACUUGUAUUGGGCCAAUGCACGAAGUAACGCAAUUCCUUAUGGGAUUGUGGGACCUAGUUUAUCAACCGAUGUACAGCUUGUACAUGGGUUCUAGAACUAGCUCGGAUUCUUUGCUUGAAGUGCAACGAGGCUACUGGAGGACGGCAGACUUAGAUAUGAGCACUUAUGACACAGGAAUUGGAUCCUACACAUCAAAAAAAACGAUAUACGAACCUGAAAGCGGCGGCGGAUUUAUUCAUGGCCUUCGCCAUGGAACACGUUCCUUUUCUACUAGUACUUUGUGGGCCACUCUGCAGCUCAGUAUCCAAGGUAUUCGAGCCGUUCAGUCUGUUGCUGAGACGGCCUACGAUCUCUUGACACCCGGCCCUUCGUUACGGAGCAGACAGCUACGCCUGCGCCAGCCGGCCGAUUUACGUGAAGGCUUUGGUAAUGCCGUGAAUGCCAUGUCCCGUGGCUUGCAAAUGGUUACCGAAGAUCUCUUCGGCGCUACGCGCGUUUCAUCUGACGUUGACUUGGGAUGCAAAGGUCCUGUCGGUGUAAUCGGCGACGUCAUCCGACAAAUCCCACCCACCAUCGUGACGCCGCUUGUUACUGGUUGCGAGGUAACUGCAAACAUUCUGGGUGGUUUCCGCAAUCAAAUCCGACCAGAAGCGAAACUUGAGGAUGAGCAAAAAUGGAAAGACACCCAUGGCCUUUGAAGCAUAUUUUACUUCUGGUGUCACCAGUCCUGCAGUUCAACACUACAUUGUCUUUACAAGCUGAGCUACAAAUUCUUGAAAACGGUCGCCACUUUCCUGGCUUCCCAGUGGUGUAGUUACAAACAGCCUUUCACUCCAGUGUCUUUCCACUGCCAAAACUUUUACCAGCUCUACGUCCCGUACUUCGUGCAGCGGGAAAAUAAGUUACCAACUGUCUUCGUUUUACUUGCGCUAUCUCCCGAGUUCAUAUGAUCCAGAUAUACUUUCGUACUCCCCUUAAUGUGAUCUGACUCAUCGUGAUAUGAACUUCAACCCCCAGCUUUUAUUUGUG